AUGCAGUCCCUACGAAAACUAAAAGAGAGAAAGAGAGCCAUUGCCCACCAGAUGACGGCUAGUCUUAGCAAGACUGUCGAUCUUAAGCUCGCGACACAGGGCAUGGAUAUUGUGUACCUUAACAAGGAACGCGACCAAAUUACCAAGGACCGAGAGAAGGAGUUCGGCGAACUUAAAAAGCAGCUAAAUGAGGAACGUGAUCAAAUGAUGCGCAGACUGGAAGCUAUGGAGGCGACUUCUGCACGCUAUGACAGCCUGGUAGACCGGUCAGAGACGCUCAAGCUUGUAAAUGUAGCUGUCAAGCCUCUGGCGGAGCGUUUGGAGGUACUAGAACGGUCAGCUGCCGGACUCCCGGACCUACACAAAGGUUUGCAAGAUCUGGCGACUGUGCCCAAUCGAUUAGCUACAAUAGAAACACGACAAAAUGUUGUUCAGCCAGAGCCUGAGCCGAAGCCCAGCGUCCUAGACAACUCACACCUUAAGUAUCUAACAGAUGGACUUCGUAGCCUCGAAGCUGCAAACGGCGCUCUAGCAAGGAUCCCCAGGUUAGAAAACGACAUCACUACGUUAAAGAACGCGAAGGAAUUGCAUAAGAUCGACAUCGACACGCUAAAGAAAUGGAAGGAUGCGCAACCCAAAGUAGUGUUGGAAGAAACCAUGAAAAACCUCGUCACAACUGAAGUCCAAGCAAAGGCUUCCGUCCUUUCAGAAAAACUACGCGAAAAAGCAGACGAAGCGAACGGCCAGCUUGCUGAACGCAUUACCAGAAAUGAGACCUCUAUUCGCGACAUCCGGACCCAGUCGGAAUCGUUCCAGAGCUUCAAGGAGAAGGUUGAGAAGCAGAAACUCUCUAAUCAGCUUUCGGCAUUGCACGAGAAGGUCAAGAUGGCCGAGGGAAACGACGCAAGGACAUUUGCCAAAGCCGAUAGGCUGCAGAAACGGUUGGAGGAACUAGAAGAUGAAGUUCCUCCGAAUGAGAUGGACAAGAUGCACGACAGGAUAGACAAACUACAAGACAAAUUGAAGGAAUAUCGUGAAGAGAUGAAGGACACGGACAGGAAGGUUAAACAACUUCAGGACGGCGCGUUCGAUUUCCAAGACGUCCACAAAGACAUCUACAAGUACAUCGAACCUCUCAAAGACCAUUACAAGAAGAGGGGCUCUCACUUGACACAAUGUGUCGCGACUCUAGAAACAACUGUUACCCAAUCUGACUUGGGCAUACUCCCUGUUCGCCUGGAUGAGCUGGAAAAGUCUGCACGUAAUCUCGACAAGCUGUCUACUCAUGUCAAUGAGCUGGAGAAGACUACUAAGGGUCCUGGCUUUAAGAAAGCUGGUACGCCUGUUCUCCCUUCAUCUGUUCUAGAUAUACCGGCCAUGGGCAGUUUAGACGAGAAGGUGAAUUCGCUUGACAAGUCAUUGCAACAGCUUCGCAAAGCUGUUAUGGGCAAGGGCAGUCUGAUUUCCCGAUUGGAUGCCCAAGACAAACGUAUUGAUAGCAUGGAAGCAACUGCCAGUGCUAGGCCACUCGACACAGUGGAGCAGACAACGGAAAUGACUGCGAGUAGGAUCCUGGACAAGACAGUGGAAAAGACGACGGAAACGAAAGUCAAGGCGCUGAUGUUGCAUGAGCGUAAGGUUGUGGACAAGAGUCUUGAGGAGCUCGAAACCCGUCUCAUGGAAGAGAUCCAGGCAUCGCGCAACCGUACGCAUGAAUCCAGUGUCCCAUCUGCUGACGCCACUGUAGCGCAGUCUGACGUGACCGGUCUCAACAACCUCGUCUAUAACAUCAAAAAGGACAUCGAAACGCUUUCUGAUGAUCUCGGAAAGACAGAGGAAAGAAUCGUCGCCCAAGAUCAGACUAUCACUUUCCUACAGGAUUUCGUUCCCACCCUUUUUAACCAACACUUCGACCCACUCAAGGUCAAUGUUGAGGAUCAGCUCCGUGUCAUCAACAUCGCCCUGGAAACACAUGGUAGUGACCUUUCGAAUUUGAGGCAACAAGUCUCGAAUUUGCCGCUACAACAAAAUACCUUCGGACAGCAACAACAAGCUCAGCUUGAGGCGACGGUGGUAGAAGCAGCUACGUUGAAGACAAAUCUCGAAGCUCUGAAAGAGUCUUUGUCAACGAAAGCCGAUACUGAAAGGAUGAGCCAACAACUGGAAGGAAUCACUUUCGCAAUGCAGCACAUUCAGAGCCGGUACGAGAAUAUUAGCACUGACGAUAUAUACCAGCGCAUGGUCAAAUGGUUCACGCAAAUGUAUCCGGGUUUGCCACAGAUUCAGAACGAUAUCAGCCAGCUGAAGGCAUUGAAAGCGUGGAUAGACCCUCGCGCAAACGCUCUCAAUGGUUUGAGUCGAGAUGCAGAACACUUGUACGGUCUUGUAAGCAUUGCUUCGCAACUGCAGGACCUUGUGAACGUUGCCCCGCAGGUGCUGUGUCUCGCAAGCAAGUCCGCACUACUACAGAGUCUCGCGAAUAACGUUCCGGCACCAGGUCGGCUUAUCGGAUCCCGUGAUGCAUCACCGCAGACAUUAGCCAUGAUUGAGAAAGCCUGCUCUGACGCAGAUACCGCAAUCGCCAAGGCUGAACAAGCUAGUUCAGACGCAAUGGCUGCAAAUAUCAAGGCUGAGCAAGCUAGCUCUGAGGCACAGAAUGCAAACCGCAAGACCGCGGAAAUCGAGCAACGACUGACCGAAAGAGUGGAAGCGCUUGACGCUCUCAAGAAAGCAUUGGAAGCCUUACAAACUAAGUUCGACGGUGCACAGAUAGUGCGCGAGAUUGCUCACGCGAAGCUGCGUGACGACAAUAGAGUACGCUUCGAUGAGUUAGAAAAACACACGAGGCACUAUGAUGCUACUGUCACUGAAAUCUGGAAACAACUCGGCGCUGUCCAGGGCGUGGGCGCUGAGUUGCGCAAAGAGUUCGAUGCUACAGUCAACGCAUACAUUGAACCAAACCGCGACUUCUUUGGCCUGUUAGGCACAGUGAUCAUGGUCGUUUCGCAACUUCAGCAAGUCAUUGAAAGCCUCAACAAGAACCGUUCAGUCGCUCCGUUAAAGCUGGAUUGGCAUUGCUAUCUACCAACGCUCGGCCAGCCCGAAACCAACGGCGAGCCCAGCAACUCGAAAGGCAAGGGCAAGAGCAAGCAGUAA